GAUGUCGGUAAAAGGUUGGACCAGAUUAUUUUGAAUUUUUCAAAAUGUGUAAACAAAUUGUCAACAUUUACGUUUGAAGUUGGCCUGUUAACAAAUUUUGAGAAAUUAAAAUCUGCAACAGUUUUUCUAGAGCGUAAUGAAAUCAAAUUAAUGUAGGUUAUAAUUUAUUAGCAAAUUAUUUUAAUGCAGUUGGUAGUUACUUGGCGUAGUAACUUGAACUUCGGACAAAAUGUUCAUCAAAAUUUAAAUUUAUGUAGUUAUUAAAAAUUAAAAAUUAAGUAUAGUAUAGCGGCUAUAAUAAGCAUAUAGAAUAGGCAUAGGUCUAAAUUAUAUUAUUAUAAUUAUAGCUUAGCCUUUUGUACUUAUAGAAUAGGACUUAGGAGCUAGUUUUAAAAAAAACAAUUCAUUGAUACCAAAUUUAAGGUUGUAGGCGGUCAAUCAUUCAUAAGAAAGUUAUGAUUUUUUUCAUUAAUUAUUUGGUUUCAUUGUUCAAAUUCAACUCUGUUUAAAGUCUGUCAGAAAAAUUUAAAAGUGACUAAAAUGCUAAAAUAAAAUUGUAAGACUAAACAGAGAGUUUAAACAGCUGUCAAAAAGAGCACUUAAUUGAAAUUAUUUAAAGGAAUUAAUGAAGACAACAUUAAAUAUCAUAUCAUAUAGUUUCGUGAUCGUCAUAACAAUAAUAACAUUAUCCCAACAGACGUUUUAAUAAAUCCGCGGUACUUAAGAUGAGCUCAAUAAAAUUCAAAAUGGCCAUCAAAUUUGUAUAUGUCACAUUUGAAUGUGAACACAGCAUGAAUCAUGAACAAUAUUCUCCAAAAUAUGUGGUCAUGUUUAUCAUGGAUGGCUGUGUGGGCUAAACUGCAUCAAUUUCAAGCUCUUGGAUGAGUUUGAUCCCUAGAAAAAUUUAUGGGAGUCAUUAACCUUUGAUGGCAAAUCUGAAUUCAAACUGGAGAUAAAGUAUCAUGUCAUAGGCUGUAUUUCACAAGGCAAAUCUACUGGUGCCAAGUCAAAGUCACUUGUUGUUCUGUUGGGUUAUCCAGGUGCAUGGAGAGAGGUGAUUUGCUGUUUCCUAAAGGAGGCUACACUUACAUCAUCAUCAUAUUGUGUCAAAAAAGAAAAAAAUUCAUCAUCUUACAAGAUUUGCUGAGAUGGAUAUGAACAAAAAUAUCUGCAAUCCUGGAAAGGGAGGAAGCACCCAUGUGGUGUCUGUCUUUAACUUGAUUAAAAUUGUGGGGGAAAUUUAUAUUUGUCAUUUCAUGUGGUUAUCGUGGCAAUUGCAACUUGUGGCAAAUGUAUGAGAAAUUAAAUAGUAUAUUUAACUUAGUAUUAAUAGUAAGACUAAGAAAAGGACUAAGCCUAAAAUAGGUGCCAGAAUGAUCAAUUCAUUGAUCGUGGGCCCUCAAAAAUAUAGAAGAAGAAGAUGUAGUAGAAACAAUACCAGAUUUAAGUUGUAGGCCAGGUUUAUUUAACUACCUAUAAUGAUUAGGCGGAGGUGGCAGUAGACCUCUAAUGACCUUAUGCAGUUACUUGAAUAAUCAUUUUUCUGCUUGUGACAAAUCACUGCAGAGUUACGUGCACCUUGUUCAACUUUUUGCCCACUUAAAAUGCAAACAUUGCUUGGGUAAAUAUGCUUUUCGCUGUGUUAAGUAGGUUGUAUGAUAUAUCACUGUAAAGAGAAUGGGAUGCUGAACAAUACUGUGUUUUUCGAUUUUGAAUAUUUAAAAAAAAAAUUAAUCAGAUGUUCCUGUGAUUCACUGUGAGAGCUAGGGAAUAUAUUUUGUUGUCUGAAACUCCAUCGCCACCAAUGCCAUCGUGAAAACAGAAUUUGAAGUCUGUACAUUGCCAUUUAUCUGUAGGCUGUACGUCUAGGCCUAAAAAGUUGUAAAUUAUAACAGGGCGAUUUAUAUUAUUAUCAUAGGUUCUGUCUUGUAGGCUAUGUAGGUCUUAAGCACUAGGCUAUAAUAGUUUUGGGGAACCAUAACCAUAUUCACAAAACUAUCAAGUCAAAUUUACUUUAUAAUAUAGCAAUUUGUUAUUAUAGGUAUCGUGUAUCAUACUAUAGCAGCUUUGACACAUUUUUGGGUGAACAAAUGACGAUGUAAUUUUGUUCUUAUCAGGAGUUAAAAUUGUUGCCAGCCUUUCAUCAUGGCUUUGCAAAGAAAUAAUGUCAAUAAUAACUUAGAAUAAGAAUUUUAAUUAUUUUAUUUUUUUUAAUUAGCCAUUCAAAAAAAAUUAAUUUAAACAUUUUAUUAGGCUCCCAUCUCAGAGAAAUUAUUAUUUAAAAAAAAUGAUUUUCUGAUGUAAUUCUGUUUCUUAAAUAGCUGUCUAAUUAAAAUAUAUUUGUUUCCAUACCAAGAUUGUGAAUCAUGGGAAAUAACCAGUCUGGUUUACCUGAUGAGGAUGAUGGUCCUAGAUAUGAUUUCCAUGAAAAUGUCCUUCGGGAAGCUCAAAGUGUAUCUGAUGAUCCUGACAGCAACCUCCAACCACCACUUCCAGCUGUAAAUGCACAUUUAGCUGUGCAUGAAGAUGAACAAUAUUUUAGUGCAGAAGAAGGUGACAGUGUUGUGAGCAUAACCCCACCAAGAACACGACCAGAAUCUUCUUCUGGAGAAGAUUUCUCGGAGGACAAUUCAACAGAUGACGAUGAGACAACCACCAUUGAAGAAAGGAGUACAGUUAAAGAACAAUCAUUUCUCAUUCCCUCAAGUCCUAGCAUUGCUAACAGAAGCUAUAAAUCAAAACUGACAGUCAAGAAAAGCUGUGGUCAGUGCAACGUGAGCACUUUUCAAGAACAUGACAGCAUUGGGCCAGAGUUAGAGAUAGCCAAAAGAGGUGGAGACCAGUUUUCCCAAUCUCCUAACAGUAGCCGAGGAAGUGAAAGUUUAAUUUCUUUGUCUGGCGAGAUGGUAACAACUCCCAAAUCACCUACACAAAAGGUUGAGAAGGAAAUACAGUCAUCACCUUUUAUCCCUAUAGGCCAAAAAGUUUCCCCAGGGAAGAGGAAAGCAUCUGAAAAUGUGGAGGAGUUUUUGCCGCCCAGCAAGCAAAUGGUCACAAGGGCAAGUUCUAAAAGGAAGCGAAUUGGCUACUUUGAAUCUUCUGAAUCUGAAAGUGGUGAUGAAGGAGUAAGAAAGUUUCCUAAAAAGGGAAAGUAUGUCAUAAAAAGUCCAAAGAAGGCCAGGCGCAGCGAUCGAGAUUCUCUCCAGAGGGGUAAUAACUCCUCUGAUUCUGAUGUCAAAGUUUAUCAAAAGAGGAGACGCACAAGAAAUUCAAGAAAUGAUGAGGACUCAGAGAGUGAGUCAAGUGAAGACAGUGGGGAAAAGAAAAAGCUGGGAAGACGAAGUAAUUCUAAGUUUAAGAAGGACCUCAGAAGAAAGAAGAAGAGAUCGGAUAGUAGUGAUUCUUCAGAAAGUAACAGUCACAAAAAGAAAAGACACAAAGAUCUUGAACAUUCUGACACAGAAUCUGAAGAUGAAACUGAUAAAGAAAAAAUAACUAAAAGUAAAGGUGGCCGUGUUAAGAAGAACAGUGGGACCAGCACUGCAGACAGGGUGGAUGCAGCAGUAAACACAGAAACAGAUUUGAUCAGUCAAAAUAUAGAGCCCCUUCAAACAGCUCCUAACCAGGAACUAAACCCUCCAAUUCAGCAUUGCAACACUCUCAAAAUGGGGAACAACAGUGUUAGAAAUUUACAGGGAAAAAUAUUAUUUGUACGGCUGCAGGACAGAGACAAGCCUCCUGGUCUUGAAAGUGCAGCAGCUGCUGGGCACAUCCAGCACUUCACUUCAACAAGCUCGAGUCUGAAGAAUGCUGAAAACAAUUUAAGCCCAGAGGUUUCAGCGUUUGCUUUUAACCGUUCAAAGUCUGGGAAGAUAACUGCUCUCCCCCAGCCUGGUGGAGGUGACAACCUCAUAGAGAAACACGUCACCCCUCCAAGUCAAGUGUCAUCUGUUUCAGAAGAAGAAACUGGGAGCAGUUCUCCAUUCAAAAACAUUGUUUUAACACCUCCGAAAACUGCACGUUUACAUGACGCCUCAUCAGACUCUAAGUCUAGUCCCCUGAAAAGAAGUUUGAAUCACAUGGAAAACGGUGAGGAGGUUACAGACAUGGACGUUGAUGAGUCACAGUUGAGCAUUAGCAAUCAAAGUAACAACCCUUCCAGCUCUUUCUCACCGGGAGGCAGACUGACCAAAUUCGGUGAACAACAGGGUAACACAACUGCUGAGCGCUUCAAGAGCUUCUGGUCGCAGAAGAAGAAAAAAAUCAGCACAAACCUUAAAUCCCUGUUCUCCAAGUCAAAAUCCACCCCGACUUCCCCCAACACUAGCAAAUCCUGGCAGUCAUUCCUCUCAUCUUCCCCUGCAGCCAAUCGCUUAGUCAACAGUUUCCACAGUCCACGCAGUUCCAUGAGCACAUUCUUAAGCAGUGAUGGCAGCCACCAAUCUUUUGUCAGCUCCUCACCCCGGCAGCAUGUUCCAGCAGGCCCGCCACUUCCUAAUGCCAAUUCCAAGUCACCACCCUUGGCCUCCUUCAGUGUCCUGUCACCUAUAUUUACUGUUGCAAGACCUAAUCAAAGUGCAACCCCAGUGGUGCAGCAGAUGUCCAAUGCCAGUAAACGAAGUAAGGAAUCGCUCCGAAAUUUUUACAUUUAAUAAAAAUAAUGAUUUUUUUUUCUCUUAUCUUAGUUUAAGUACUUCAUCGCUUCUUCUUUCUAAGUCUGUUGGGUGCUGGUGGUAGCUCCAAACGGGGCACAUAUAUUACCUGAAGAAAUGUGCCAAAGUGCCCUCGUUUUAUAGCCAUUUUAAUUGUUUCUAUAGUAUAGUAGUUACUAUCCUAAUGUCUCAUUUUUAUUUUAGUUAGUUUACAUGUUUUUAAUAAUUGUAAAGCGCUUAGAGCUUUAAGGUAAGCGCUAUAUAAAAAUGCCUAAAUAAAUAAAUAUAUGACUAUAUACUGGGGUUUAUAUUUAAACAAACAUUGCUAAUUUUGGUCUUAUGUGGUAGUUAUCUAGAGUUUCAUGUCCUGGUUUCUUUAAAUAAUCUUUUAUCAAAACAUUUAUUGUUUUAACUUUUAACAAAAUUUCUGACUUAAAUGGGUCUUACUUUCUGAAUGCCAGCAAAUAUUUUCAAAGAAAACUUUUUGAUAAAAUUAAAUCAAUUAUUAUAAAAGUUGCUGAAAAAUACCUUUCAGGUGACAAUCACAAUGCAAGCCCCACUGGACACUCUUCCAGAAUCUUAUCUAGCCCCGGGUUAGCCAACAUAGAUGGAAACCAGCAGACCAACACAUCAGUGGAGAUACUUCAACAAAUUUUAGGUCAUCAGGUACAGCAAGCAAGUUCUUUUUUUUGGGGGCAACACAUUAGAAAACAAAAAAUCCUGUACAAGGUUAGCAUAGAUAUCCAUUAGUCCCACCCCAAGUUGGCUUCUGCCUUCUAGCUUUGAUGGAUGGCUUGUUGUACUCCAGGGUGGUGGCAUGCAAAACUUUCACCUGUAUUUAGGCGCCCUCUUUCCAAAAACGUAACACAUAUUUUGAAUGAAAAGUUACAAUUUGGUGUCCUCUGAAGAUGUGGGCCGGUGCCCUUUAUAAGCCCCUCCCCUUUCGUGGCCGGCCCCCUUUCUUUGCAGGACCCUGGUUCUUCCCCAAGAAUAGCUGCCUUGCGGGGCUGAUGAGUCCAUUCCCAUUGCUGGGGGUAAUCCAGUAUGAAUUCAGUCGUCUAGGCUUUGUGAUGCAGGCGUGUUAUCAUAAUUAAACCACAGGGUUGACUUUCAAGUGCAACUGGGUGGUUUGAGGGUUUGCAACACAAUUCAAAUUUCCCUAUACCAGAGUAAAAAAAAACUAAAUUAAAGAGAGAGUAGGAACGGUCAGAUCAAAAACUUGUCUCAAGCACAUCCAUAAUCAGAUUCUUCCACACGACUUGUCUUCACUUGAUAAUUUUCAAGUACGACAAACAACUUUCCUGAACCAAACAACUGGCUUCCUUCAUUUAAAAUAGUAAACAAAUUUCAGUCUGACUUGAAAUGCCCUAUUUAUCUUGCAUUUCAGAAAGAAAAAAAAAUAAUUGAAAUAAAAUCUUUAUUGUCAUUACUUACAUGCCGCAUUCAAAUAUUUAUUGUCGUUUUCUUCCUGUAUUUAUCAAAUAUAGGUUUUAAAUUUCCGGCUGGCCAACUUCCUCCAUGUCUGUGUCUGCAUGGGUGACAUAGCAGAGCAGAAAACCUCCAGCAUCGUCAACUGGACAGACGGUGAACUCAGUCACAUUUUCACUCCCUGCAGUAAAAGUAUAGCAGCCAAGGCAGGGGCUUUAAUGAGGGCAGGGUGUUCAGAUUAUAUAGAAAUUAAAGGUAUUUCUUAUAUUAUGAUGGCUUAUCCAGUAAAUUUAAGUUUUUACUCAGCAUUUGAUGCAUAAUUGUUGCAGAGUUACAUAUCAGCUUGGGUCUGCUUUAUUCUACUCUAACAAGUCUGACAUUUUUAAAUGAAACCUUUAAAAAAUCUGACAUUUGUAGUUGAAACCUUUAACAAAUGUAGAAUGCACUCUAUACAGCAUUAUUUGACCAUUAAGAAUUGAACAAGAUUUAAGUAAUUGUUAGCUACAGCGUUUUGUUCUAUAACAGUAACAGGUGUAUUCAACUAGCUAUGCAUGUCUGAUCUAUUGUAGUAAAUUUUAUGGGUGACCUACGAAGAUUUAAUUUUAGCCAUGAAGGAUUAAAAAUGUUGUGAUAGUUGCAUUAAAAAAAAAUAAUUAAUAAUUUUGGUUCAUUUUAAAAGAACCUAAAUUUUAUUGCUUGUACUACAUUUCAGCCUGUUGGAAUGUCAUAAUUGGUUUCAGAACGUAACCUUUUUUUUUUCUUCAACUUGUUCACUCUUGUAGUAAAGAAAUGGGGCUGUGGAGGGUCGUAGAAUUAAGUUACGUACUUGGUUACAGAUCACUACAGGCUUUGUAGCUACAGGGUAUAAAUAGCAUUGCUUUGAACUGUCAAUCUUUGGUGUGUUCCUUUACUGUUGGUUGAUGCAAGCAGCAGUCCAUGAUGGUAAUAUACACUUACAGCUUAAAUGGGGUGCAAAUGGAGUUUAGUCUUGGCAAAUAGCAAUGUCAUAGAAACAGUGCCAGUUUUUGUUAUAGGAGAUAUAGGUGGCUGCCUAGGAGGGCAUUUUUGCAAGGGGCAGCAAAUUCCAGCAACAUAAAAUUUGAAAAGUAAGGAAAUAUUAAAGAAACAGCUAAGGUCUCAACAAAGAAAUGACAAUUAGACUAAUGAAGUUCCAGAUGAUUCAGUUCUUGACACAAGACAGAUUCCAAGCUUAUUUUAUACAGCAGAUUUAGAAUACUGCAAUUCAUAAAGUUAAAUGUUUUAAAAGUUAUGAUCGAACAGUGUCUGAGCGUGUAGUUCUCUCCCACCAUACUUAAUAAAUUCUGCUGUGAUGAGGUCUUUGUGUUUUUUAAAAAAUUUUUUUUAUUAAUUCAGUUUUUUCUAGAGUUGGGGAGUUUAUUAUAGGGUCUGGUCCUCCAUGUGGUGGUUGAUAAUCUUCAUCUUGUUUAUUGUCUGCAUUUAGUAUGUCCUCAAAAUAUUCAGCCCACAUCUCCAGUACUUUACUAUUUUCCGUAAUUAGUUCUCCAUCCUGGCUCUCAUACAUUUGCAGUUUGGCUUGUUAUCCAUUCUUUUCAUCUUUUAUCUUCAUGUAAAAUGAUUUAUAAUCAGAAAAAUAAUUUUCAAAAAUUACUGUACGUAAUCUCUUUUUCAAUUUUCUCAAUUUGUAAAUGUUAUUUUAGAAUGUCUUAUUAUAAAGAAAAAUAAUUUUCACAAAUUAAUGUACCCAUUCUCUUUUUAUGUAUUCUCAAUUAGUAAUUGUUAGUUUAGAAUGAUUUAUUAUAAGAAAAAUAAUUUUCACCAAUUAUGUAUUCUCUCUUUUCAUUUUUAGGUGGAAAUUUGGAGGCACCAGAUGUUUUAACAACAGCAGCAGGUGGGAGACUUGACCGUUCAGUUGAAGCCAUUUUACAUGUCGUGGCACCAAACUGGGUGGAAGGUCAGGAAUUUCAGAACAGACGAGCGUUGCUGGAGGUCUAUGCCAACUGUUUGAGAUUUGCGGAUGAGAGGCUGGGUUUGGAGAGUAUCUCGUUCCCUCUUAUCGGUGAAGGUGAGAGGAAACGGCCAUAAAGUCCGCCAUGCUUAUUUCAGCAAUGCCCAAUUUUAUGCUAAGAAAAAUAUUACAAAGUAGCGAAAUCAUUUAUGUAAAAGUAGCUUAUAGAUAUAGUAAAUAAAUUAGAGAAAAGAAAACAUUGAUGACAAAUCUACCUUCCUAAUAGUGUUAGUUUAAGUGUUUAGGGCUCAAGUUAAAACAAGUAUUUUGUAUCAGAAUCAGCCUCAAAGACAAAUCUGUAAAUUGCAACAAAUUACAGUGUAAUACAAUAUUUAAUAUGGGAUAUGAUUUUAUCCAAAUUUUAAAUCUACCCUCAAUUUUCAUUUCGGUUUUACUACUUAGUUUAAGUUGUUCAUGGCAAGUUGCUUCAUCGUACUAAUUUUUUUUCUUUUUAUCACAGGACUGUUUCCAGCUGACAUCUGCGUUCAGGCAUUCUUCGACUCUCUGCUUAUAUUUUUGGCAGAGCACUCAGCGUCUUUGAACUCGGCCAAUCUCUCCUUCAUCCAGCUUGUCAUAUUCGAUGCUAAUGUUACAAACUUUGCUGCUGAUCUCAUCCAGUCAAGACUGGAUACCAUAACACAGCAAGGCUUAGACAGCACUGUGGCUGGGACUUACGGGCUUUACUAUGGCGGCCAGACUGUGAGAGUUGUUCCAGGUGCAGAGGCUCAGGUCACCAGCACCAGUCCGCCAGUUGUGACCAACACAGAGAGGGCUCUUUCAGGGCGUCCCAGGGUCAAGAGACCCAGGUUAUAAGUUAAUACUAAAGUGCUCCUGAAAAUGUGGUGCAAAAAUUAUAUUAGUUUUAAUUUCAGUGUUUAAAAAAAGAAUAUAUACAAAAAAAGAAUAGUGGAUAUUUUGUUAAACCCUAUAUUAGCGGUUCUCAACCUGUGGCUCACUAACCCUUGG